CCCCGCCCAGACCCCUGGACCUUCAAGUGCGUGGACUAACCUGUGCUGAAACAGCAUGUCCUCGCGGGAGAUGGGAUCGCCCAUGGCGCAGCUCACCUUGCGGGAAAGAGAUCCGGUGGAGGAGGACCCCGGGACACCUUCAGAUCAGAGCGAGGAGUCCACCGAUGACGAGAAGCCUCCUCAGUUCCCCCAAACCCUUCGGGAUCCGGAUGAUGUGGGAGCUAUUCCCUCCAAUGUGCCGAGAAGCUGCACCGACGUUGGAUGGUUAUUGCUUUACAUUGCUUUCAGCGCGCUAGCUAUUGGGGUGGGGGUCUAUGUUUGGCCACUGGGUAAGCCAAGCACAUUGCUGAGACUGGCGGACUGGCAGGGGGAGAAAUGUGGCUACGGCCCCAAUGAAAACCGGACCCUGCUGUAUUUCUGCCCAGAGAGUGCGAACCAUCAGCAGCUAGACAUGGAGUAUCCGAUCUGUGUGGACACUUGCCCUCAGGGUGAGCUGAUUGUUUGCCCGAAGAACCAGAACAGAAAGACGACCACUGCGGAGCCGAGUAGCACCAGCACUGAGAACGCCUAUGCUCACUAUUUCCAUUCAAUCAAAGAGUCCAACAACGGUGGGUUGCCAUACCCUCCAUAUCCGUCAGAUGGCGCCUACGAGCAGUAUCCGCCUGGGCAUGCAUUCCGCUAUCCGUUCUAUCAGACGCCCUUUCACUAUCCACCACCCAUCUACCCGCCACCUAUACCAACAGGGACAACUUGGAACCCAGAAAACAAUCCCACAGAAGGGCUGCCAAAAAGUGAGAAGGUGACCAGUGUUCAGUCACCGGUGGACCCUUCGGAACACCGGCGGAUCCUGUCGCUGGUGGAUCCUAACUUGGUGGUCCUCAGCGACUGGCGAGGGAACUUCACCGUCUAUCAGGUGCACUCCUACACCUCCGCGCCUUUUGUGGACAUGAUUUGCAAGCCUUGGGUUGGACCAUUGGAGCGUCAAGUCCAGCUUUGGAUCGAUAAAACUCCCUUGGUCAAUACUUGGGCGACCUUGAUCAACUCCUAUUGGCCCUUGCUGGUGGCUGCGGGCACCGGCGUGGUCAUGAGCUACGUCUUCAUGACCCUACUUCGCUUCCGGGCGGCCAUGCUCGUGCGCACUGGCAUGGUGGUCCUGGUCUCAGCACCCCUCAUCACAGGAUUGUAUUACGGCUUCUGCUGGUAUCGGCAUUGCCAUUGCUGGGCCAGUACCAAGGAUCGCUUUACGGACGGCCUGGUGGCAGUCGCCGGACUCGUUGUUGGCUUGGGCUUCUCAACGAUCACAUGGUCUUUGAGGGAAGCGACGGAUCUGGCUGUGGAAUGCAUCGAAUGGUCCUGCAAAGCGGUGCUCGAGACGCCGUCUUUGAAGCUGGAGCCGCUGUUGGCGCUCUUCUGCCGGGCAGUCGUUGAUGCGACCUGCCUCACGCUGGUGACCAUGAUUUUAACCUGUGAAUUGGAGAAGGAGGAGAAACAUUACCAUCGGGACGACACCCAGUGGAUGAUUCCAUGUCAAUCCACUGAGCAGCUGGCCAUGCUUGGGGUGAUCGCUUUUUGGUGUCUUUGGACCAAUUGGAUCAUCACGGCCAUUUCGGACUUUGUCAUCAUGUACACCACGGAGCUUUGGGUCUUUGCUGGGGGUCUAACCCCUCGCGGUGGACAUGUCCCUUUGUGUUGUUUGCUGCGUGCUUACUGCACCUGCUUUCGAUACCAUUUGGGUAGCAUGGUCGUCGGGGGCCUGGUGGUCGGCGUCGCGCAGCCGUUCCGAAUCACCUUUGGCGUGGUGGCCUUCAUCGUGGAAUUUGAACGGAACUCCAGUGGGAUUCUAAGCUGCCUUUGCGAUUGCUGCGUGUCUGCCUACUUCACCCAUUUGGAACCUUACUGCCGCAAUGCCUACAUGGACCUGGCGCUGAACGCACGCUGCUUUCAGGAGUCAGCCUGGCAUGCAUCCAUGGUCAAUGCGGAAUUCAUGGCCACGGUGAACAUUCUCAACGGUGCGACGUGGAUUUUCCAGUUGGCAGGCCUUGGAGCUAUCACCUCCCUCGGGAACUUUCAGAUUUGGACCAUCCUCCGAUGUUAUCCUGGCUUCCAAGAUCCUUACAGCCCGGACUUUGUUCAGAAUCCCCUCUUCUUGGCCUGUUUGGGCUCUGUCGUCUCAUUCGUGAUGGCCUUCCCGUUCAUGAUGAUCUUCGAUACAGUUUCAGACACUAUCCUUUUCGCCUAUAUUGUGCAAAAGCUCAGGGAGGAGAAGGAUGAAGUGCCGACCAUUUAUUCCAGAGCUUGUGGUUUCGUCGAGACCGUGGAUGAUUUCAUUGGCCUGGGUUGCCUGGAUCGAAGAAAGAAGGACUACUCCAUGCCGACCUUCAAUGUCUUGGACGAGCUGGAUGAAGAAGCUGGAGCUGGAGGGGCCAAGUUCGAUCCGGGUCUGUGAGAGGUGCCGUUAUCUUGUGCCGUUGAUGUGGCGUGGCACUUGUUACUACUAGCUUCUUGUUACUACUAGUAAGGCACCUGUUACUACUAGCGUGGCACUUGUUACCGUUCUUUUUUUCUCUCGAGGUGGGUCAGUGAACGGUUUUCAGACCCAACAAACACCAAAGCGUCAGCGGUCUGACGGACCGAGUCGCUGGCAACUCCACGUCCGAUCCCACCGGGUUUCUCACCGGAAAACGGCGGUGAGAUCCCACCGUCGUCUCCGCUCGGAGUGGAUCGGUUAGCUUGGCAGGGCCGGGUCACACGACCCGGCCGUUUCUCAGCUGCC